AUGGCUUUCGUCAUCUCUGCACAAAAGAAAGCUGGCCUCAGAGAUUAUGCGCUCAUCGUCACAGCAAAACCAACAACGACAGACGUCCCCUCGCAGAUUAUACUCGGGGGCAAGGUGGGGCAGAAGCUCGCGGCAGGUGUCGGCAGUGGUGCAGAGACGGCGGUGGGUGGCCGAGAGUCAGAGAUAGGCUACCGAGAGGCUGACGUGAUUCCCCAUCCUCUCGUCCUUCAUGGUUAG